UAUUAGAGGCUUUGUCCAUCUCCAUAUUCUCAUAGUUGUUUUUUUUUUUUCCCUAUUUCUUUGAUCAAGUUAGACAAAGAUAUUGGAUGAUGAUGCCUGAAAGCCACGUGGCAGAGGUGGCCGGUGGAGAGUAUGAGAUGCAGCCGGAGUUGAACCCCGGCCAGGACGUUGGAUCAAACUUUUACCCAGAAAUGGAAGAUAUUGAUAUCAUGGACACUGAUGAGGAUGAACUCCAGAGACUUUUAGAAGUUGAGUUUGAAGACAGGACUGGCAGUGACAAUGGUGAGUUUGUGCCUGAUGAUGAACAAAACACCAGGAGGCUUAUCAAGAAGAGGAAGUACCAUCGCCACACUCAAAGCCAAAUCCAAGAGAUGGAAGCGUUCUUCAGAGAGUGUCCUCAUCCUGAUGACAAGCAGAGGAAAGAGUUAAGCAGGGCAAUAGGUUUAGACCCACUCCAAAUCAAGUUCUGGUUUCAGAACAAAAGAACACAAGUAAAGACUCAGAAUGAACGUAAUGAGAACUCACACUUGAGAGCAGAGAAUAUGAGGCUUUCUACUGAGAAUACAAUAAUGAAAGAAGUCCUUAGCCAUGGACUGUGCACCAACUGUGGUAACUCAAUGGAGCUUGGACAGUUAGCUUUUGAAGGGAAUGACCUUCGUGUUGAGAAUGCCAAGCUAAGAGAUGAGAUUGAGAGGAUAUCUUCGAUUGCCACCAAGUAUGCGGAGAAGCAACCGAUGAUUUCUCAUCAACAUUCAUCUCUGGCUAUAGAUGGAGGAGUUGGUAUAGAAAAACCAGUUAUUAUUGAGCUUGCAGUGGCUGCAAUGGAGGAAAUUGUUGGCAUGGCACAGCUCUGUGAGCCUCUAUGGAUGUCUCGGUUUGAUCAGCCAUUGGAGAUUCUAAAUGAAGGAAUCUAUAUCCAGAAUUUUUCUAAAGGACUUGGAGAGAAGCUCACUGGUUUCAAAACUGAGGCUACUAGGGAAACUGCUGUUGUUCCUCUGAAUGCUGUGAACAUAAUUGAGAUGCUAAUGGAUGCGAAUCAAUGGAUGGCUUUCUUUCCUAGCAUUGUCUCUAGAGCUGCCACCUUGGAUGUGCUCUCCAAUGGAGCUGCUGAAACCUUCAACGGUGCUCUACAAGUGAUGUCUGCAAUGUUUCAAAUGGCAACUCAAUUAGUUCCAAGCAGAGAGGGGUUGUUUAUCAGAUACUGCAAGCAGCAUGCAGAGAAAACAUGGGCAGUUGUUGAUGUUUCAAUUGAUUGUUUGAGACCAAACUCUUCCAUGACUUGGAGGAGAAGGCCAUCUGGUUGUUUGAUUGAGGAGAUGGCUGAAGGUUUCUCAAAGGUAACUUGGGUUGAACACAUGGAGGUUGAUGAUGGUAACGUUGCAGAGAUAUACAAACCGCUGGUUAACUCUGGUCUUGCCUUUGGCGCACAGAGAUGGGUUUUGGCUCUGAAACGCCAGUGCCACUGUCUUGCAAGUGUGCACAAUGAUGAAGUUGUGGAUCAAAUUGGCGCAUUGACAUCGAUGCUGAUGAGAAAGAACUGGAUGAAGCUAAGUGAAAGGAUGGUCAGAAUCUUUACAAACGGAGUGUCUUCAGCAGCCUCCGACCAGUGGUCACUUGUGGCAGGGACUGGAGCAAAUUAUGAUGUCAAGGCCACGACUCGGAAGAGCAUGAACGAGCCGGGUAGUCCUCCGGGCAUCAUUCUGAAUGCAACUACUUCGGUGUGGCUUCAAGCACCUGCAAGAAGUGUUUUCAAUUUCCUGCAUAGUGAGAACUCACGUCGUCAGUGGGACAUUCUUACAAAUAAUGGAGUGAUUGAGCAAGUGUGUCAGAUUGCCAAUGGUGGAAGUCAUGGAAAUUGUAUCUCUCUAUUGAGGGUGAAGAACGAAUCACUGCCAAGCAGUAUGAUGAUACUGCAAGAAAGCAGCUAUGAUGCAUCAGGAGCAUAUGUGAUUUAUGCUCCAUUGGAUGAAACUGCAAUGGGUUUGGUUUUGAAAAACGAUGAGCCGGACUUUGUUGCGCUCUUGCCUUCUGGCUUUGCUGUUUCCCCUGACGGACCUGCCGGACUGCUGAAUGGAGGGAAUGCGGCCGGCUCUCUCCUGACAGUAUCAUUCCAAAUAUUACUGAAUGCUGCCCCGGCCGAGAGAAUCUCUUUGGCAUCCAUAUCCACAAUCAACAGCUUGAUUGCUUUCACCAUUGAAAGGAUUAAGUCUGCUGUUUCUUGUGAUGAUACUUAAUCCUGUUGAUCAGAUAUAUAGGGAGGACUUUGGAUUGAAACACAUAUAUAAUUUAAGUCGGAAGUCAAGAGCGCACCUUGAAUUCUCCUCACCAAAAUAUUGGAAGAGUGUUGGUUCGGGCAUUGACUUCCUCUCAGUUAUUACAAUUUGUUCUUGAUUCCAGACCUCUCUGAAUGUUGUUUCUUUCUUUAUAACCUUAUCAAUAAUAAUAAUAAAUAUGCAUG